AUGGUCAAGCUCGCGGCCGCACUGCUGCUGCCGACCCUCGCCUUGGCCGGCCACAACGACAUGUUCGCCUGCCGCGGCCGCUCCUGCGACGUCGAGGAAUUGACCGAGCAGAACUGGGCGUCGAAGCUCGCCGAGCAGCCCUAUUUCAUCAUGUUUUAUGCGCCUUGGUGCGGCCACUGCAAGCAGCUCGCGCCGAAACUCAAAGGCGCCGCCAAGAAGGCCAAGGGCCUCGGCUUCGGCAUCGGCGCCGUCGACGUCGAGCCGAACCCUUCCAUCCAGUCCAUGUUCCCGGACAUCAAAGGGUUCCCGUCCCUCAAGUACGUGAACCACCCGAAGGGCAAGAAGUCUAUUGAUUACAACGGGCCCCGCGAGGGCGACGACGUCCUCCAGUGGACGAAGGACACCUUUGUUAGGACUGGAGGUGCGUUGCAGGCACCGAUAGAACACAAGGCCUGGUCCGAGCUCUACACGUUCUUUGGCAGGGCCGCGCUCGAUGAUUUGCCCGUGUUGUUCGCCGUCGGUGCGGACAAGGAGCCCCCAAAGUGGUUAGCAGCGUUGCACGGCGACCUCAAGGAGAAGCCCAAAACCACGGGAGAAAAUCCCGAGGCCGAGACGCAACGACUGUUAGGUGAAGCAAAAAAAGCGACCAAGCUUCCUGAGGUGCGCGAGGGCAUCGUCGGCGUGCUCGAGACCCUGACGGCCGCCGAGAAGGCCCGGAACAACAAGCGCAAAGCCUUAUAUUCCACUACUUAUAGUUCGGAUCCCGAUACUAUAACAGCGUUCAACGCGUCCGGCGCGCCGAAAAAUGGCGCACACGUCUUCGCGUUGAGUGUGGACCGCAAGAACCUCGCGAAUUCACUAGUGGUCGCGUACGGCAACAACCCCGUCGAGGCCGAUAGGAGGGGCAAGCUCGUGGAUUCAUCAGCUUUACUGGCCUUCGCGCGCGACGCGGCCGCGAAUUUCCCGCGCGAUUCAGCAGUAGCUUUACCUGACGUGCCCAAGCCGAAAUCAGUCUUAGCUGCGGAAGAGCGCGCCGCGGCGCGGAAGAAGCGCGCCACUGCCGUUCAUUCCAUCGCGAGCAAGGCUGACUUGGACGCGAACUGCUACGCCCUACCGGCGGCGAAGACCUGCGUCGUCGGCGUCGGCGCGUCCGAGGGCGACCUGACGGAGCUCGCCGCAAAGUACUCGAAGGAGGGCUACGCCUUCUCGACCGUUGCGAGCGACGCGCCCGUCGCGGAUGCACUGAGAGGCGACGUCGCGGCGCCGGCGCUCGUCGUCGUCAAGGGGGGCAAGCGGCCGCGCGCCGCGCGCGCGGAAUUGAGUGGAGGCGCGGCGCUGCUCGACAGCAUCGCCGGCGGCGGCGCGUCCUUCGCCAAGUUCGCCGGGGGCCUCCCGGCGUGGCCUGAAGCCGAGCCGGAGGAACCCGCGGCGGCGGAGGAGGAGGGCGACGAGUACGACCUCUGAGAGCGCAAAUCUCCGCGAAGUAAGUUUAUAUAUCUAUUG